CUCGCCCUUUGUGUUCUUAUGUCGUUCGCUAUUGGCGAGGGAUUCAAAACUAAAGGUGCGAUGGAACAAAUUGUGGAAGCCAACAUGAAUCCAGACAACCAUCAUAGCCCGCCAGGAGAGCAUUUGUCAUUUUACCAGGGAGAAAGAAAGAAAUAUGAUGACCUAACGAAAGGCUCGGCCUACUCCCGCGCGGCCAGUAAUGUGGCGAACGUUGGCCAAAUACUGUUAUACCCUACACGUUUGACUGUUCCAUCGAUUUUCAGACUUUCAACGAGGAUCAUAACUAAAGGCGGUCAUUUAUUUCGGCGAUGCAAAACAAGAACAACAAUGGCUGGGAACUUCGAGCAAUCUGUGAACUGAACAAUCGGACCAAGGAAGCGAGUUCUGAAGGCUUCAUGCCGGAUCAGACAAGCGAAUAUAGUAAUUGUAAGUAGUAAUGUUACUGUAAAUAGUCGUACGUUUAUGUCAUGAGCCCCUGGCUCGGGAGAUUGGGAAACGACUCCCUACGUUUACGACUUGAAAUAACGUUACCUUACCUUACCUAUCCUCUUACUCUGUUGUCGAUUUCAUAUAAUCAGGAGUUGCAGAUAUGGUACGUACAGCAGUAAUGUCAUAACAUGUAUUGAUAUUUAUGCGUGGUACGCUUAGAAUCGCAUGACGAUCUGACCAAUCCGAAACAGUUCAGAGUGUAAAGUUUGACUUAAGAACGGUUAGAGUCCAAAAUUUUCCCGUAAAAAUUCUAUUUUUCACGUCACACUGCAUGGACAAACAAAGUGGAUCCUCAGUUCGCUGGUCUUUUUUUGCUGUUGCGUAGAACAAACUGCAAGUUAACAGUUAGCGAAGUUUUACCCUAAAUUCAAUUUUGGGACUUCUGCAAACCCCUUGUUUGCAUCGAUUUCUCGUUUUCAGAAGGCGUGACGCGG